UAUAGGACUGACUGUCAAGUCAAUAAAUAAAAUAAGUGAAAUCAACUGAAAUGUGGUUGCUUUUUUUGCAUGAUUAACAUGGUGACAGAGUUUCAUUGCAAAUAUUGUCGUAGUUAACAGCGAAAGCAAGUUAUAAGAUAGAAUACUGCGAUGGCGAACUGGGUAGGUUACGCGGUGUCCGUGAACUGCGGCGAGCCGCUGGGCUGCUACCAGGGCACCAUCCUGAACGCUGACGGCACCACCAUCACCCUGACUAAAGCUUUCCGUAAUGGAUUCCCUUACCCUAAGUCACAAGUCACUUUAAAUGCGGCAGAUAUAAAGGAGCUGAAGAUCAUUGAGGCGCGCGCGGAGCCGGCAGAGCAGACGCACAGCACGGUGGCCGUGGCCAAGUCCAACAAGAAGGCGGCGCGGGCCACAGUCUGUGAGAACCUGCAGGCCAACCCCUCCAGCUCCGGCAAUCAGGCUGGAGGCAGCGGGGGUGGCGGUGGCGGGGGCGGGGGCGGCCGGGCGGCGCGCAGCAAGCCCAUCGACAUCCAGCCGUCACGCAGCGGCAAGAGCAACAACCAUGCAGGCAGCUACGGGCAGUCGGGGUCGACGCCGAAGGGUCGCGGCGGCGGCGCGGACAAGCAGCGGCGCCGCAACGAGGCGUGCUUCGGCGACGCGGCAGACCCCGCGCUCGACCGCGACUUCGACUUCGAGGGCAACCUCGCGCUCUUCGACAAGCGCGCGCUCUGGGAGCAGAUCAACAAUCAGAAGCCGGACCUCGCGCACGGCAAGUUCCGGCACGACGAGAACGUGCUCGGCGGCGGCGGCGGCGGCGGCGGGCCGCGGCGCGCCAUCGUGGUGCCGGACGAGCUGCGCGGCCCGCUCGACUACGUGAGCGACGACGGCUGCGUGGUGCCGGCGGCGGCGGCGGGCGCGCGGCGCCGGCUGUGGGCGGCGCUGGCGCGCGCGGGGCAGGCGCACACGGCGCGGGUGCUGCUGGCGCGCGCCGGCGCCGACGUGUGCGUGCGGCUGGUGGGCGGCGGGCGGCGCCUGGAGCCGCGCAACGCGCACCAGGCGCCCGCCGCCGCCGUGCUGGCCGGCCACCACGACGCGGGCGCCGCCGGCCUGCUGGCCGCGCGCCUGCUGGCGUCGCACGGCGCGCGCGUGGCCGUGUACGUGCACCCGCCGCUGGCGGGCGCGUCGGCCGCCGUGGCGCAGGAGGUGGCGGCGCUGGCGUUGGCCGACGUGGCCGUGUGCGGCCGCCUGGCGCUGCUGCCGCGGGCCGACCUGCUGCUGCUGGCGCUGCACGACCCGGCGCUGGACGAGCCGGCGGCGCACUACGCGGCCGUGGCGGAGUGGGCGCGGGCGGCGCGGGCCGGCGCCGUGGCGCUGGAGCCGGCGCCGGGCUGGGACGUGCCGUGCCGCGCCAGCGUGUUCGCGCUGCUGCCGGGCGCGGGCGCCGCGCUGGGCCGCGUGUUCCUGGCCGACGUGGCGCCGCCGCUGCGCGUGUUCCAGGAGCUGCGCGUGCACUACCGCCCGCCCUUCGGCGCGCACUCGCUGCUGGCGCUGCACCCCGCCGACGACUGACCGCGGGGCCAGCGCUCGUGGCCCGUCGCAGAGUGACGACUGACAGUUGGGCUGAAUCGGACUAUUUUGACGCCGCUGCGCUGCGUGUUGAACUCUCGCCUGUAGCGAACACCUUGUACAGUGGCCUGUAUCUCGAAUGAUUUCUGUAUUUUAUUAAUUGAAUGAAGUGACCGUGUCCUCGUUACGGUCGACAAUGACCGUAAUAUCUCUAUGUGUAAUGUUGUAUGUAAGUUGAUGCGUGGAGCGCCACGUGCCAUACAAGUGUCCUCCCGCCUCCCGUCUGUACAGGCCUGCACCGCCAGCGUCCGGCACGAUCCGGGAGCGCGGCUCUCGAUCUGUCUCUUAUUCGCUAUAUUUUCCUAUCAUACCUCUUCUAUCACUUUAAAGUGAAGCUCAAUGAUGAAACGCAUUCACUUCAUCCUUCUGGCUCGGUUCUACACAACGGAGAUCGCGUGCGGCAAUAUCGUAUCGGACGCAGUGAGUCAAUGCCUUAACCUCCCCAAAUUAAGAAUUAUUCUAUUUUUAUAUGGAUAUAAUGUAUAUUUGAAGAAUUAAGUAUUAUUUUUGAACAGGUUAUCUGUGUCGUCUGCUAUCUGCUAACAGACGGUACUGAUUCCAAUAGACACUUUCUAGAGUUAUACUUGUCAUUUUUUUAUCUGCUGAUGAGUAAACGAAAGUACAAAUCGGACAAGAGGUGUCUGCAGGAAUCACCACUAACAUAAAGCGCGGGAUUUUGUUAUUAAAAAACUCGACUCGCGCUACAUUGACAAUGAACUCGAUCAAAUAAAAUGUUGAAAUUGA